GUCAGCCGCCCGCGUUCACAUUUCCGGCACCGCGCCAGCUCAGUGCCGCCGCCUAUAUCAUCCCGUUCCCCGUGCCCCCUUCGUGACACUCACGGAUCGGGAUGGACGGCGAGCCGAGCGGCGCGGCCAGCUUCACCGAGGACCUCGUCCUGGAGAUCCUGUCGCGGCUGCCCGCCAAGUCGCUCCACCGCUUCAAGUGCGUCUCCCGGCACUGGCUCGGCCUCAUCUCCAACCCCGACCACCGCACGAAGCUGGCACAGACCCUCGCGGGUUUCCUCUACAUCGGCUACACCUGCGGCGGCCCCAAAGAGAUCACGGUAAACUCCCUCCGUUUCACCAGCGCGCGCGCGGGCCCGAGCGGCCCGCCGCCGCUGAUCGACCCCUCCGCCCUCUCGAUCCCUCCAGCGUACGUGCACGUCCACCGCGUCGACUGCUGCAACGGCCUCCUCCUCCUCCGCUGCUGGAAGCCCUCGGCGCGGGACGGAUUCUGCUACGCCGUGUGCAACCCCGCCACCGACGAGUGGGCCGCCCUGCCCGACUCCCCAACCCGCGGCGCGGUGUGCACCACCGUCCGCCUCGCGUUCGACCCCGCCGCCGCCUCCCCGCACUUCCGCGUCUUCGAGUUCGCAGGCGGCGGCGCGAGGGGGCGCACCACCGCGGUGGAGAUCUACUCGUCCAAGUCGGGAGCCUGGACCCACAGGGAGUGCGGGUGGGGUGACGGCGCCGGGGUCACCCUGCGGGACGAGUCGAGCGGCGUCUUCUUCGACGGCAUGCUUCACCUGGCCCCCAUCGAGCCCGUGAUCGUGUCGGUGGACGGCGAAGGGAAGACAUGGAGGGGCGCCCCCAAGCCGACUGACCCAGACGACGACGGCUUCCUCGGCGGCGCGCCGCCCGGGUUCAUUGCCCAGUCCCAGGGCCGCCUCCAUUUCCUCAACACACUGGAGUACGACCACAUGAAACUGUGCGUCUGGGAGCUCGACGACGGUGGCGUCUGGGCCAUGAAGCACAGCAUCGACCUCCGGAAGCUGUUUGAUGGCAGGUGGGACUACAGGGUUGGGCUCAAGUACAGCGUCAUCGGGAUCCAUCCACACUGCAACAUCGUCUACUUCCUCCAGGGGAAGGACCAUACACUGGUGUCCUACGCCAUGAAUCGCGGCGAAAGCUGCAUAAUUCGUGAUCUUGGGCGUGCCAACUACAUGCCGUAUUUCGCGUAUGUCCCCUUGUUCUCGGUCUCGUUAUCUGUCUAGCGUAUGAGAGUGUUACUUGCAGUCUGCUUAAUCAGUAGUGGUGAUCUUGGAAUAAGCGGGUAUUCGACCGGUAUGAUCUGGAUUGUCUGUUUAUCUGUUCUAGCCAUGGAGCAACGACUUGGGUAUCAAUGUAUCAUUCUGAAUUUGUUGUUACUUUGGGUUGCACUCAGAUGCGUAGCUGCUUGUAUUUCUGAUUAAUGUGGUAUGUUCUAGUAAAAAUAAAAUCAUGUAAGCUUAUUUCACAGUGGCAAAUAAUUCAGUGAACUUUGUUACUCCAAUUGUUUCAUUUAUAGAUGUCUGUAGAUGUUUGUUAAGUUCAUAUUUAUGAUUUUUUU